UGGACAAGGCCACCCUCAUCUCGUCGCUCGCCACCCGGGAGGCCGUAGACCAAGGACGCCGCGACCUACCGCCCCCGCCGCAGCCGGAUCCGAGUCUUGGAGGCCGUGGAAGCGGGGGGGCUGUGGGAGAUGGGGGGACCGUGGAUUCCGGGGGGGGGGGGAGACCGCAGAUGUUCGCAACGAUGUUCGCCACCCGCGAGGAUGUGGACGCCGCUCUUCGCGCCGAGCGUCCUCCUGACAAGAUGCCUGACCUUCCGCACUGCAUGGCCAGCGACCUCCGCGAGCCGAAGACGUUCAUCGAGGCAAUGCGGUCCCCGCACUCAGAGUUGUGGGAUGAUGCAGUCGGUCGAGAGUUUUUCGGUUUGUUGGAUGCAGGAACUUUUAGUCCGGUGUAGCAACCAGUAGAGAACGCCAUCAAUGCUAAGUGGGUAUUCAACUGUAAGGCAGACGAGUAUGGAUGGCCGACGAAAUUCAAGGCAAGACUUGUAGCGCGGGGGGACAUGCAGAGGGCUUCGAUUAAUUUUGGAGAAUUGUUUGCACCCACCGUAUCAGUGUCUAGUGUGCGCUUGUUGGCAGCAUUAGCAUGUGAGCAGAAUCUUGACUUGUGCCAUUUUGAUAUUCAGCAGGCUUUUGUGCAGUCUGAGCUUGAUGAGGAUGUUUUCAUGCGCUUACCGCAGGGGUGUGGUAGGUUAUCUGGCCUGAUCGUGAAGCUGUGCAAGAGUCUGUAUGGUUUGAAGCAGGCAUCACGACAUUGGCAUGCGCACCUGACGAGGUGUUUGUUACUUUUAGGUUUUUUGCAGUGUCUGGCGGAUGCAUGUGUUUUUCGAUUGAUGGAGGAGGGACGUGUGAUCAUGAUCAUCGUGGUCCACGUGGAUGACAUUUUUGCUGUAGGGCAGAAGGAGAGGUGUGACAAGUUUGGCAGGGAUCUCAACGAGAUGGUCCCCGUGAAGAACCUUGGAGAGUUGAGGUGGUACUCCGCGUGCUUUUACGAGAGAGACGUAGAGAGAGGGUUGUUGAAGAUUUCGCAGCAGAGGUUUGCCGAAGAGUUGGCUGCAGAGUACGGCAUUGAGUGGGGGAGGAGUGUGCCCUUGCCCGUGAGCGUGAAGCUUACCGACUUUGACGAGAACGAAGCGUGCGCUGAUGUCCCUUUUCGCGAGUUGGUAGGAUCUCUGAUGUGGUUGGCCACCCAAACAAGGCCGGACAUCGCGAACGCGGUACGGGCAGUAGCGCGGUAUUGUGCAUCUCCCAAAAUGGUGCACUGGAAGGCAGCACUCGGUAUUUUAGGAUACGUAAGGAGGACGAGUUGGAUGGGGAUUACAUUUGAGAGGGGAGUAGUGACAGGGAUGAGCAUGCAGGUGUUUGUGGAUGCCGACUAUGCAAGCAAGGCGACAGACCGUAGAUCGGUGUCCGGGGGGCUAGUGAUGUGUGGGGGUGGGUGUGUAACUUGGUUUUCGAGGACGCAGAAGUGCGUUACGCUUUCCACCACGGAAGCAGAGUAUGUGUCGAUGCCGAGGAGCUGGGGUCCAAUGCACGUACAGCAAGCGGAAGCCGCACCAGCGUCAGCCUGGGCACCAGCACCAGGGCCGUCCACGUGGUCCUGCUGGCAUGCAGUCAACGGAGUUGCUGCACCACUCUUCAUCAGGCGCACUCCUGGCCUGCGGCAUGCUGCCUUUGAGGUUCAGGUGGAGUGCAUCUCCGGCGACCGGACUUGUGGGCAUGCAGGAGAACGCAUGCCUCAGUGACUUCUUCGGCUGCAUAGGAUUUAUGCCGCUCACCACCCGAAGGUGCAGUUAA